AUGUCGGCAUGUCAGCCUUCCGGCUUUGUGUCUGAUGCCCUUCUACAUUCCCUGUCCCGAUUCUGCUGUACAGUGUCUGAGGCCUCUAGCCUACCACGGUACGCCAAAAUCGAUCCCAAGGACAUCCCUCCACCGACCCCCGUCGCCCUACCUCACAGCCAGCCUCAGCUGCAAUCACCACCCUCGCCACCUGCAUCCUCCGCCCAGCCUCUGGUCCACCUCAUCCAGACCGUCUAUCGCCCCGGCCAGGUUGCGCCCUCCAUCUUCGAGGCCCUCGGCGUUCAUGUAAUUCCCGACACGGCUGUCGCUGACUUGCUGCCCGACCCGGCUUAUGUCCCCGACUUUGCCACCUGGGAUGCGCUGUCAGCCGACGAGGCCCGGCAACGCAACGAUGAGACCAAGCGUCCUCUGAACACCGGCGUUCAGUCUCCGGGCUGUCAGACCUACCAAGAUCGCAAGCGCGAGCUGUCCAUCUCCAACCAGGAUGCCUAUCGCGUCGUGAGACGCCUGCCGCCGCUCAAGGGACAGCAGCAGGCUCGAUUGGGAAACGCCUACGAGUUCUAUCGCUGCUUGGAGGCAUUCACGACAUUUUGGGACGACACCUCAAAGCCUACCUCUUCCCGCUCACGACGCUGCUACUGCUGCUAA